AUUGAUCCACAUUUGUGAAGCAGUCCGGCAUGGCAACAACACUCUACUACAACAACUCUUUCUCUUCUCUAAAGCAUCCCAACAUGGCCUCACCCCCUUUGUUGCAUGUUCCAGGGGUUUGUGAUAUGUAAUAUGUAUGUAGGGGUUUGUAAAUUUUGGGGUUUGUGAUAUGACCAACCCGGGAAGAAGCUUGUCAUAGUCCCUCCCAGCCGUUUCUUGUAGUCCUUAAAGGGAUAGUUCACCCAAAAAUGAAAAUUCUUUCAUCACCUCAAGAUGUUCCAAACCCAUAUGAAUUUCUUUUGAACGUACGUAUGAAUUUUUGGUAACCAAACAGUUGAUGGACCCCAUUGACUUCUGUAGUAUUUUUUUCCAUACUAUGGAAGUCAAUGGGUUCCAUCAACUGUUUGGUUACCCAUAUUCUUCAAAAUAUCUUCUUUUGUGUUCAGCGGAAGAAAUACAUUUAUGCAGGUUUGGCACAACCUGAGGUUGAGUAAAUGAUGAAGAAAUUUUCAUUUUUGGGUGAACUAUCCCUUUAAAAAGCGAUUUCUUUAAAAGAAAAUAUCUCCCUUUGCAUUGAACUUUGAGCAUUGUAACUUUGUAGAAUGAUGCAGCAACAUUACACGCUAACUAAAGUUAAAAAAGUGAAAUUAUAAUCAAGGACCCCUUUAAGUAUCAAUCCAAUAAUUUGAAAGUGCUCAAUGAUUAAUAAUGACAAAGGGAGAAAAGGCCAAGACAGGACACAGAAAUGGCAAUAGUUGUUUUUCCUGUCCGUGUGACACUGACAAAACAAUCAAAUGACCACAGUUCCUCCAGCUGCUGUAAACAUGAUGUUAGAUUUAAAAAAAAAACAAUUCUUGCACUUACUAUCCUAACCACAUGUUCAGGGCUGAGAGGAACAAAUAAAACCAUAUUGGUCGAACCAACUGGAUAUUGGGAAGAAUGCUUCCUCCUCAAUGUCUGUGUGGCUUACGGUCCUGCUUACUUCAGAGCUACACACAAACACACUAUAAUGGACAGAUUUAAAGUGGUUUAGAAGGAGAGGACACAUACAUAGAUGUGCACAUGAAUUUCCUGUCAUUGUCAUACUCAGUAUUAGUUCACAAGGGCCACUCAUGGGAGUGUCGUUCUGCCUUUCUUCUUUGAUGUGAUGGAAGGAUGUGGUUUUCUUAAGCAUAUGAAACAUGUUCGUUGGUGUGUUUAAUGCGUGGAUGAGGAAGUUUGCGCAAGUGAAUGGGAAGGGAGGUUCAGCUAGUGGUAAUUUCAAGUCAUAAAGACAAUUGGUCAUAAAAACAUAUACACAGAUCUAUAGGAUUUCUGAAGCUCUAAUAGCUGUGAAGAACCUGGAAUAUUUGGAGUUCAGCACUGGAAGAAUGUCAUUGUGUGGGUGUUUCCUCACAGCUUUGAUCAUCCUCAAGCUGCAUUUUAGUGCUUCUGAACACUCUGUCCCGCCAGCUCCAAUCCUGACCCAGACAGCUGUCAGAGGCUCAUCUCUGGAGUUGAUUUGUCAGGCUCCACAGGGUUAUGGUGGACUUGUAUUUAAACUUUUUAAAAUUCGCCAGCAGGUGGACACUGUAGUGCAUUCAACAGAACAACAAAGUGCUCACUUUAUGCUUAGUGGAAAAGAUACAGAGAAAGAGAAUCUGUAUUGCUGUCAGUAUGAAAACAGCAUGUACAGUUCCUACAUGCAGCCAGAGCCAAAUGACGUAGUUUCUGUCAGUCCCCCACCAUCCCCUCACUUGAAGGUGGAGCCCUCCAGUGGGCAUGUAAUGCCUGGUGAGACAUUGUCUUUCCACUGUCAGGCUCCACCUGACCAUCAGAAACAGCCCCCAAAGGCUUUCCUCCUGCUCCGGAGAGCCAUAGGAACCCCAGGCUCCAUGGUUGCCCCAGCCAAGCUGGUGUCUCAGUCCCAGGAAGCUCGCUUCAGUGUGAAGACAAUGGGACGGGAGGACAGCGGGGAGUACAUCUGCCUCUACCAACUCAAAUUACCACAGACGGGACAAUUGAACUCCACAGCCAGUCAGCCGGUACAUAUUACUGUUAUAGAGCUCCCAGUCCCCACUCUGUCUUUAUCCCGAAAUGAGGGUCAUUUUCUGGAGUGCAUGGGGUCACCCUCAUAUCUACAAGGCUUCUUCUCUUUAUUUCGUGUGGGUGUCCUGUCACCUGAGGCGACCCAUCAGGCUUCCCUGACCCAAUACAGUGUUAGUUUUCCCAUACCCACUUAUUAUGAACAUGGUGCACAGUAUCAGUGUCAGUACAGCGUGUCACUCGGCAACUCUCGGGCAUACUCUAAAAUGAGCACGCCAGUACCUCUCCCAUGCAUUACAGGAUAUCACUCAUGCACACAGGCCUCUACAGGCAGCACAGACAUGGCUCUUAUUGUUGGCUCUGUGUCUGCGGGUGUUCUGUUCCUCAUGGUGGUGUCACUCCUGGGCUUUAUCGUGCACAGACAUAUCAAAAAUACUUCAGAAAGAAGGAGACAAAGAGAACAAGAAAAAUUCUGGCAACGUGUUCACUCCAAAGAUCAUAUUGUUGACCUCACUCUGCAGCGUGUUGACAUUGGAUCUGAGGACAUUGGAGGGACGCUUAGAGGAAGACCCACAGAUUCAGAGCCUAUCUAUGACAGUCCCAUGACAACCUUUAUGGACCCUUCAUUUUACUGAUAUCUAUUUAUCUGUCCGUCUGUGUAUCUAGUCUGUCUACAUUGUAAAACAUUUUCACCUGUUUCAAGCUUUACUCAACCAUCCUAGGUGUAUAUUACUUUCUUGUUUCUGAUGAAGACAAUCGGAGAAAUAUUAAUCAAUAUCCUGAUGCAUCCGAGCUUUAUAAUGGCAGA